UUGUGUAAAUAACGCAAAAGUUGAGGGGCAUUGAGCUGAAGUCGUCGGUAUAAACGGCGAAAAAUCUGGCUUUGUUCCUCCUCUGUUGCACCUUUCGGCAUUCCGGAGACGUGGAGAUAAAAGGUCCGACUUUACAUCUCUCUCUACUCUCUUACUGGAUUUAGGUUUGAGCUUUGGAUCCCAGGUUUCCCAGCAUGGAGAGCACUCGCAGCUUUUGGCAGUUGGGUGAUGAACUCAGAGUCCAGUCAAAAGCUACUGAGGAGCAAGAAUGGUUUGCUGCCGCUUCAAGAUUGGCGGAGCAGACUAGGUACAAACCCGAGCGAAGAAUCAACUUAGAUCUCUCAAAGGGUUCUGCAGAAAUGAGGCCCAGGGAAAAUUUUGGGUUUCAGGAAGAUAACAACAAUUUUGAAAGCUUUACCUUGAACAUGUUAAACUUGGAGACGAAGUUGAAUGAAAGUGUAAACAAAGGCUCCCUUAGGAAUGGUAUUAACAAUGCGAAUGCUAUUUACCAGAAUCUGAACGUCAACUCUAUGGGAUAUAUUACUGGAAGCAGAUAUAACAAUACAAAUCACAUCAAGGAGUCGAACAGCAGCAAUACCAACACUGUUAACAAGGAGGAAACAAAUGGAAUUGACAAACGGUUUAAGACAUUACCUGCCACAGAAACGCUUCCCAGAAAUGAGGUUCUUGGUGGAUAUAUAUUUGUCUGCAACAAUGACACAAUGCAGGAGGAUUUGAAGAGACAACUGUUUGGUUUGCCACCAAGAUAUAGAGACUCUGUGAGGGCGAUAACACCCGGUUUACCUCUUUUCCUGUAUAAUUACACUACUCACCAAUUGUACGGCAUCUUUGAGGCAACAACAUUUGGGGGAACCAAUAUUGAUCCCACUGCUUGGGAAGAUAAAAAAUGCAAAGGUGAAUCAAGGUUUCCUGCUCAGGUGAGAAUUCAAGUUAGGAAAAUGUGCAAGCCUCUAGAAGAAGAUGCUUUUAGACCAGUUUUGCAUCACUAUGAUGGUCCCAAAUUUCGUCUUGAACUCUCUGUACCUGAGACACUGGACUUGCUAGAUCUUUGUGAACAAGCUGGUGUCUAAAAGCUGUUGCGGUAAAAAACACCUUGGCGUGAUUAUACAAGUAGUGAUGCGCGUCUCUGUUGCUCUCUAGUUUUGUAUGUGAAACAUCAGUUGUGUGCCUUUCUCGGAUGUUCCUUGGGGGGCAACAGCUUGGGAUUGCUAUCCUGGCAGCGAGAUAUAUUAGAGUGGUGAGAUCGGCUGGCUUGUCUAGCCAAAUAAAUAUAGUAGCUUUGUGUGUAUUAACCCUGUAAUCCUUGUAAGAAAACUGGCUGA